AUGAAUGCUCGUGAAUAUAUCUAUAAGAAAGGUAAUGAAGGUGAAGAUAUUCUUACCGAUGUUUACUGGUCAGAAAUACCCUCCAAAUGUAGCAGUCCUAUUGCAAUUAUCUACCAUGCCGGCGGUUUUGUCAAAUGGUCUAAAGAGGUCGUUCCAAAAUCCGAAAUCUCUGCUUUAGCAAAGAUAGGAUUCGUGGUAAUAGUGCCGAACUACAGACUAUGUCCACAAAUUUCUGUCUACAAUGGUCCGAUCACAGAUUCUAGAGAUUGUUUGGUAUGGGCAGCUAACGAGUUGCCCGCAUUGUUGCAAAAUGAGUCUGUGGAAGUAGACCCGACUCGAAUUGUUACUAUGGGACAUUCCGCAGGCGGAACAUUGGCUUUAUUGAUGGGAUCUGCGCCCGAAGUCCCAGUCACAGCGGUUCUUGACUUCUAUGGCCUCAAGUACUUUUCCGAUCCGACGUGGCGACUACCUAUUCCCGAGUUUGAACAAUCAUCCUCUUGGCCACAGGAGUAUAUUGAUAAGGUUUACGAGGGGCACCAAGUUUCUGCAUCGCCGCGUUUCUUAGGGGGCGAUACUCUUCCUCCGAGGGAUGCAUGGUUCGCUACUCAUAUGAAACAAGGAACCUUGUUGGAUGAGCUAGUCCAGAAUGAAGAUAAGAGCUGUAUUGAUGGUACGGCUCGGUUUUCGACCUCGUUUCCACGAACCAUGUUUAUUCAUGGAACAGCAGAUAAAGUGACGAACCAUCGUUUUAGUGAACAGGCUCAUGAAGAGUUGAUGAGGUUGGGGGUCGUUACAGAUCUGUUACUGGCAGAUGGUGAGGAGCAUGUGUUUGACUUGACCUUGGAAGAAGAUGACAUGAGCUUUGUUAAGUAUGUCCUACCAGGGUUGAAGUUCCUUGCCCGGGCAGUAGGAUUGCUGUAA